AUCAAAAUGGGCUCAGCUCAGUGUAAAAAUAAAAAACAACAUUGAAAACUCGAAAAAUGAAAUUGUAAAAUCUAAUGAAAUUUCAAAACUUGAAAAAAAAAUUGUAAAUGCCAACAAAAAAUGGGAAAUUUUAAAAAUGAAUUUGUAAAUUCGAACUAAAAUAUGUAAGUGUGGAAAAAUAAAUUGUAAAUUAAUAAAUUAAGUAAAUAAAAAAAUAUGACUAAACUUAAAACUGCAAGCAAAAAUUAAAAGAUUUAAAUUAAGGAGAACACACUGAAACAAGUUUCGGCUGAGUUUACCUUUCUGCUCCCCGCCUCUGCAUUCAGUCCAGAGAUUUACGAUUACGUUCAGUUUUUUUUUUCGUUUACGAAGCUGAGCCUGAUUUUAUGAGGGGGCGGGCUUUGUGCUCAUUGGCUACAUGGAAAAUAAUUGACAUCCAGGUGAAAGCGCCUAGAUUUGACGUCAUUUCCGGCCGUUCAGUGUGGCGCGGCUGUUAACGCGGCAUCGGAGCGGUGUGAGCUGGCCAGCGGCGGUGUAUGGCGCGAUGGAUGACCGACGUUCAUCUGCAACAAAUGUCAGUGGCGACAUUUCAUCUGCGGUGCAUGCCCUGGUCAGUGUGCUACAGCAGAAUUUGCAAGAGGUUCAGGGCCAGACGCCUACUCGUGUACCUAACCAGCAGGGUGAGACGCCCCAAACGCUUCAGCCCCCGAUCCAGACACAGUCCCAUCAGGGACGGAAUCUGACCCCCACCAAUGUACACCAAGACAUGACCAGAUCUUUUCCUGCUCUUUUUCAAAGGCACAAAUUAUUGGGGAAAAGACGAUUCCUCGGUGGCAGUAACACAGUCAAAGCUACUAAAGCACCAAAAUCUUUUCGUUGUAACUGUUACCUGCUACACAGUAAUGCAGAAACUACUCCACAGCCUUCAGAAGAACUUGAGCAUGUUCUGGCAGGACUGGGGAAACGAAGUCUCACAAUUUCAGAGGACAUGGACCAUGUUCAGGUGUCCACUCAGCUGACAGAAGCAUAUCCUAAAAUGAAGGUCUUAACUGGAGGAUGGCUGCUUAAAAAAGCAUCAGGAGGCCGUGGACAUAGGCGUCUUACUGUCCUCCCACCAGAUCCUGAGGGCUACACCGGAGCCCAAUUAAAGACAGCAACAGGAGCUGGUAAAACAGUCAUUUACAUUGUUCCACUUCAAGAGGAACUAGAUCUGAGUCCACUCCCAGAUGAUGCUAAGGAAUAUGAAAAGAUGCCAAAGGCAACAUGCAAGUCAUGUAGUCGUGAAAUGCCUCUGCAAGUGUUAGCUCUUCAUGUCCAAGAAUGUAUUACAAAUAUCACUUCAUCGGAAGAUGAGCAGCAACGUGAAGUUGAUGGCCCCCUGGACGUUGAAACUAACAUUGAGAAAUUAUCUUCAUCUGAAGAUGAAAUGAUUGCUGAAAAAGAAUGUCCACUAUGUGGAAAAAUGCUCCCAGAAGCUGACUUACCCAUGCACGCCAGUUUUUGUGGAGAUAUCGGCUAUGAAAGCCACAUGAUGACAAACACAGUGCCCCAGGACACAGCGAACGACACCACAGAGAUGCACAAAAUAUUGUGUGAAGAAGAUGUCCUGCGCUGGCUGGCUACACAAAUUGACAGGAGUAAAGAGUUUCAUCUCUGUGUGACAAGAGAUGAGCUUGUAGAGCGAGGCAUGAAGUUGUGGCAACGUCAGAAAAAUGCCUCCCCACUAAACCCACUGAAAGUCACCUUCAUUGGAGAGGCAGGAGUAGACACAGGAGCCUUAAGGCUGGAGUUCCUGACAGAAAUGGUUGCUGGCUUGGAGGAGAGACUGUUUGAAGGGGAAGAAGGCAAAGGAAAAAUGCCAAAAUAUUCUAUCAGUGACUUAGAGAAGGGACUGUUCAGAGUUGCAGGGGAAAUCUUUGCAGCCAGUCUGGCCCAGGGUGGACCUGCCCCCAAUUUCCUGCAGGAAUGGUGUUUCAGUUUCCUUGCAACAGACCGGCUGACAACUGUCACCAAAAAUGAUAUAUAUGAGCCGCAACUGAGAAGUUUGAUCAUGAAGCUUGAGGAGUCUGAGGAUCUAUCAGCGUAUACAGAGGAAAUCCUAAACUGUGGUUACACAGGGCAAAUCAACAUGGAGAAAAAAGGGGAGAUGAUCAGGGCCAUUGUUUUGCAUGCAACAAUGCAACGCACACCAAUGCUGAAGGAACUACGAGAUGGCCUGGAUUUGUACAAAUUUGCCACGGUCCUGAAGGAGAAACCAGAACACUGUCGAGGUCUUUUUGUCACAGACAAUAAUGACAAGGUUGACUCCCACUACAUUGUUUCUCACCUUGACCCCCAGAUGAGUGACAAGGGCAGCAUCAAGCACAUCAAAGAAGUUAAAAUCUUGAAUUACUUUCAGGAUUUUCUGAUUGAACUUGAGGAUAACCAAGAAGAUGGAGGAAAAGAUCAGCUGACUGUACCAAAGGUCCUGCAGUGGUUCACAGGACAGUCUCAUCGGCAUCUCCUACUGUCAGAAAGACAGCGGUUCAAGAUUACAGUCUGUUUUGACCAUGACUGUUUUGAGCGCAUGCCUAAACAUUCAUUGUGCUUUCCAGUUGUGAGUGCAUGUUCACACACUGUAACUUUUCCAACUGCUCACCUAUGCACUUAUGAGGAGUUUAAAGUAAACAUGGCUACUGCAAUUACGUGUGGCAAAGAAUUCCACAUGAUCUAGGAGUGAUCUGUGGUGAGUAAGUUGGAAUUGCAGCUUUUGUUCCUACAUGUGUGUCAGUGUUCUGUUACUCAUUUAAUAUGUUCUAUAUAUUAGCUCUUUACUGUACACUCAAGCUUUAAAAGUAAGUAAUGCCAUGGUGUUCCAACAUGGUGCUUCUGUUUCUCAUCUCAAUAAACUCAAGAUUUCA